UCCGACACCCCCGAGCAAGGACAGGAGCCUGUACUGCUCAUCACAGGCAUGUGUCAGGCUUAGUCCUGGUGCUGGGGACAGCACAGGGACAGGGUGGACAAGCACUGCUCCCUCACACAGGCAGGUGGCGGAGGACCCAACUCAGAGGCGCAGAUAGCUCUGACUAGCUUAUUGGGGUGCAGGGGCUUCUCAACCUGCAGGAGACAGACCUGAAAUGACCCGAAGUGACUGAGUUUUCACCUGCCCUGUGCUGUGUGGGAGAGAGAAGGGUCUGCUCUCUUCUUGCCAUCGGAGUCCUUAAAGCCUGCUCUAUGCCAGGAAAGUAGAGUGAUCAAGGAUGGCUCAUGCUAACCACUCUGGCCUGGCAGGGCUACCGCAGGAGCCCAGGAACCACACCUCUCUGCUAAGAACUUGGAGGCCACAUAAGAUUUACCCUGCCGUAUAUACGUAUAACUGAUCCCUAGUGUCAUUAAAGUCACAGAACACUCCGCAUCUAAGAUUUUCCCCACCUUCCUGAGUGCAGUGGGGUGGUAACAGAGGGGAAGAAUGGGAAGUGCUGUGAUAAACAGUCCUUUGGCAGAGAACACAGCCCCUGGUCACAGUAUGUCCCAAUUCCUGUACUUAAAUACUUAACCAAAGUGGCCCUGUUGCCAGCAUGAAUUGAAGUGCUGGGGACAGUUUUGUUUUGUUUCCACCCAAAGGCCCCGCCCCACCCCAGGUGGUCACUGGACACCAGGACAGCUGCCUAUUUAUGGCCCUUCUCUCAAGACUCCCUCCUGCCAGAGCAGGGUCACAGCAUCUGAAAACAAUGCUGGAUAGACUGAGCGGGCAGGGACAGGGGUCUGGGAGAGACUCGGCCGAAGCCGCUGGGUCCUGCGCUCCCUGGGCCCUGCGCUCCCUGAACUGGGCCACAGCGGGGCCUUUCAUCUGCCGCCUUUGCCUCUUCCCACUACCCCAGCGCAGCAAUUACGGGGCAAAUUAGGAUGCUUUGAUCAUCGUUAGAAACGGCCGGCCACACGGGGGAGGGGACACUGACGAGCAAUUAGGGGCAGGGGGCUGGGAGUUCAGCGGCUUGCUUAGGGGGUAAGAAUGCCCGGGACACCCACCCCUACCCCUCUCCUCCCUCCAAGAGUGCCUGCCCCCAGCAUAGCAGUGAACUCCCCAGGGGAGCAGAAGCAGAUGGGGAUUCCCCCCUCCCAACCCCUGCCCCCAGCCUCCCUCUGCCUGGCCCCCAGCCCAACUGUCAGCUUUUCUUCCCCAUCUCAGCCCCUUUGAAGCAGCCGCAGGAACAAGGGCCGCUUUGACAGUGGGGGGACUCAGAGCUGGGACGAUGAGACUUCAAAGGUCACCAUGCUGCUGGCUCUGUUGUUGCUGCUGCUGCUACUGUCCCCAGACUCCCAGACCGCCCAUGGGCACCCACUGUACACGCGCCUGUCCCCCAGCACCCUGCAAGUUUUGUCUGCCCAGGGGACUCAGGCACUGCAGGCGGCCCAGAGGAGUGCCCAGUGGGCCGUAAGGCGUGUGUUGAUGGAGAUCCAGCACAGACUGCAUGAAUGCCAAGGCUCUGGACGGCCCAGACUUCAAGCCGCCCUCCUCCGGGACCCACCCGAGCCAGGACCAUGUGGUGAAAGGCGCCAGGGCGUUGCCAACGUAACCCGGGCUCACAGCCGUAUAGUCGGGGGCAACACGGCUCCAUCCGGGUCCUGGCCUUGGCUAGUAAGACUACAACUUGGGGGGCAGCCUCUGUGCGGCGGCGUCCUGGUGGCUGCGUCCUGGGUGCUCACGGCUGCACACUGCUUCUCCGGCGCCUCGAAUGAGCUUCUUUGGACUGUAACGCUAGCCGAGGGGCCCCAGGGGGAGCAAGCGGAGGAAGUGCAGGUGAACCGCAUCUUGCCCCACCCUAAGUUUGACCCGCAGACCUUUCACAAUGACCUGGCUUUGGUACAGCUUUGGACACCGGUGAGCCCAGAGGGGCCAGCGCGCCCCGUAUGCCUACCCCAGGAUUCUAGGGAGCCUCCUGCCGGCACCCCCUGCACCAUCGCAGGCUGGGGGGCCCUCUUCGAAGACGGACCCGAGUCCGAGGCGGUGAGGGAGGCCCGCGUUCCGUUGCUCAGUGCAGACACCUGUCAAAAGGCCCUAGGACCUGGGUUGCGUCCCAGCACCAUGCUCUGCGCUGGUUACCUGGCCGGGGGCAUCGACUCAUGCCAGGGUGACUCCGGAGGCCCUUUAACCUGUUCCGAGCCCGGCCCGCACCCCAGAGAGGUCCUCUUUGGAGUCACCUCUUGGGGGGAUGGCUGUGGGGAGCCAGGGAAGCCUGGGGUCUACACCCGUGUGGCAGUAUUCAAAGACUGGCUGCAGGAGCAGAUGAGCGCGGCCCCCUCCACUCGCGAGCCUAGCUGCAGAGAACUUCUAACUUGGGACCCCCGGGAGGAGGAGCCGGCCGUGGAUGCCGCGGGGCUCUGCGCCUUCUAUGCGCGCCUGUGCCCAGGGUCCGAGCGCUCCUGUGCACGCCUGGCUCUCCAACAGUGUCUGCAGCGCCGGCGGCGGUGCGAGCUGCGGUCUCUGGCUCACACACUGCUCGGCCUGCUGCGGGGCGCGCAAGAGCUGCUCGGUCCCCGGCCGGGGCUGCAACGUGGAGUUCCCGCGCCUGCUCGCUCCGCUUCGUCGCUCCGGGAGUCUCCCGGCCACAAUACCCGCGAACAACGGUUGUACUCAGGAUCUCAAGUUGCAGAAACCUGGUUCCAGAAGCCAAAGCCAGAGCGGCGCGCGGAAACAAAGGGCUGCCCUGGGCUGGAGCCCCUGCAUCAGAAGCUGGCAGCCAUUCAGCGAACACACGCCUGGAUCCUACAGAUCCCGGCUGAGCAAUUGGCCAUGAACUUCCACGAGGUGCUGGCAGAUCUGGGCUCCAAGACACUGACAGGGCUCUUCAGAGCUUGGGUGAGGGCCGGCUUGGGGGACCAGCGUGUAGUCUUCAGUGGCCUGGUGGGCUUAGAGCCUUCUACACUGGCUCAUAGUCUCCCUCGGCUGCUAGCACAGGCUCUGAAGGCCUUCCGCUCAGCUUUCCAGACAGAAGGAGAGCCCCAGGGACCCUGGAUGGGUGUGGGACAGGGACAGAAGCCAGGAAUGGGGCACCAUCGCCAACUCCAGCGUCUUGUUCACUGAGCCAGGAAGCCCUGUGAAGGUCACACUGUCCCCAGGGGCUAAGGAGGUUGUAGGAGCUAUGACAAACUCUCACUAUCCCAGUUGAUCUUGUAUGUGUGGAUAGAGUGGGGGUCCUGUACCACACAUGUCUUCCCAAAUGUGUCACCAGACACUCACAGCUGCUUUAAUAAAUGUUAUUUAUAAUCCACA